AUGGUUGCUGGGGUUCUAAAUGAGUAUAUUUCCUUUGUUUGUAUGGUGGAAAGGAGAAAGUUGUUUCAUGUUUUCCUCAAAGAAUUUCUAAUUUUCUUCAAGAACUGGGAACCUGCUAAUGGUGGACAGCUGCCAGAAGGUGCUUCAACAGCUACCCAGCCUGCGGAGUAUUUGUUAUCUUUUGAUGAUACAGUUAUUGGUUGCUCCGCUGGCCAUCCAGCAGAAGUCAUUCUUACAUUGAUUGAAGAAGUUGCACAAUUAACUACUUGGAUCAUUGAGUUAAACACGAACUUGUUGCUUACAAUGGACUUACCAGGGGCUUCAACAAGCUUGAAUAUAACUUCUGAAGGGUUACCUGUCUUGGAUGCUUUAACCAUCGUCCUUCGUUCCAUGCAUAAUUGUCGAGUUUUUGGCUAUUAUGGUGGGAUUGUGAAGCUGACUGCAUUGAUGAAAGGGGCUGUUGUCCAACUCAAAACAAUAUCUGGUGCACUCUCUGCUGAUGAAAAUUUAUCCAAAAUUGCAUUAGAGAAAACUAGCCUCUUGCAACAAAUACUUGUACAUGUGGUGUCAAUAAUGUGUAGCUUUAUUGAUCUGAACUCAAAUGUAAAUGAGAAAUCUCAGCUGUACAGUAACAUUUUAGAGUUCUCUGUUCCAAGCGCCAGUUCCUUACCGACUGAUUCUUCUGGUAGUUUGAAAGAUCCUAUUUGUGAACCAAGAAUACAGUGGCAUCGUAAAGCAGUUGUCUCAGUAAUGGAAGCUGGUGGCCUUAAUUGGUUAGUAGAAUUGUUGCGUGUCAUCAGGAGGUUGAGCAUGAAGGAGAAGUGGACAGAUUUAUCACUGCAAUCCUUGACCUUGAGAACACUGUAUUUUGCAUUAUCUGAUAAUCCACGGGGUCAAAAUCAUUUUAAGAGCAUUGGAGGGCUUGAAGUUCUAUUGGAUGGACUUGGGCUUCCGUCAAUCAAUGUGCUAGUACUGGAAAAUGUCUCUCAUGUUGAUGAGAAAAGAUAUGAAAAUCCUUUGCUGAAAAUAUUUCAUCUCCAUGUCCUUUCAUUGGACGUUCUUAGAGAGGCUGUCUUCGGAAAUUUGAACAACCUGCAAUUCCUAUGCGAGAAUGGAAGAGUUCACAAGUUUGCAAAUAGCUUUUGUUCGCUUGCUUUCAUGCUUCAAGAGUACAAACUGCAGACAAAAGAUGUGCCUCUCCUGGAUGAUUUUCUAUUUUCUUCUCUGAAGUUAGAUAAUGAGGGCCAUGUUGGAUGUCCUUCAGCAGGGCCUUAUGCAUCUCUUACAGAUAGUCCUUCUUUUCCUCAACUUUGGAGUGAUUAUAUUGGCAAGCUGAGCAAAGUGCUUUGCUCUUUCCUUCUUACCCCAGAGAAUGUUAGAUCUCAUCAUGUUCAAUUAACCACUGGUCGAAAUGCUUUUCCAGUAUCUUUACUGUAUAAUGAACUUUCCAUUAAGUGGGUUCUGAGGGUUCUUUUUAUGGUGUUCCCCUGCAUUAAGGCUUGUGCAAGUCAGAAUGAGUUGCCUGGCUAUCUGAGGGUUUUUGUCAGUGCCUUGCAACAAUUUGUUCUGAAUGCCUUCAAGAAGGUUCUUCUUUUAUCACCUGUAUCUCUUGAAGUAUUUCGAGAAGAGAGAAUAUGGGACCUUGUCUUCUCUGAGAACUUCUUUUAUUUCGAGCAGACAGCAGAGGAGUUUUCUGAAGAUUGUUUGCUGUAUAAUGAAGGAACCUUUUCUUCUUUUAUGAACUCUAACACUCGAGUCAAAACCAGUGUGGUUGAAAUUCUUCAGAUGGAAGUUAUCUCAUUUGUGGAACUUGCAGCAACCUCUAAUGGCAGUGUUCAUAAUGUGCCGGAGUUAUCUGCCUUAUUAGAUUCUCUUGAACAGUCUGCUUGUAAUCCUAAGAUUGCAAGCAUUGUUUCAAAAAGUCUGCUACGGAUAUUACAACUUUCACCUGAGAAAACUAUUGCUUCAUUUAAGACACUCAAUGCUGUUGCUCGUGUGCUUAAAAUUGCUUGCAUUCAAGCCCAAGAAUCUAAAAGAGUGGGAAAUGUAGGCCUAUGUUUUGACAGUAAUAAUGCAGAAGAGGUGCUAGGUUGUCAAGCAGCCGAUUCAUGUCCAACUGCCCAGAGUUGGCUUAGAUGCAUGGAAACAUGCAUGGAGCUCUUCAUGGAGGUUUUCUCAAUAACAGAAGAUGCAAGACAUAUGAUUUUGCAUAACUCCACUUGCAUUGAUUAUAUGUUUGAUUUAUUUUGGGAAGAAGUGUUAAGAAAUCACGUGCUUAAAUGCAUCCUAGACCUGUUGAAGAUUGCACCAUUAUCAGAGGAAGAUCAAAAAGCUAAAUUGCAAGUGUGUUCAAAAUUUUUGGAAACAUUUACUCAAAUAAAGGAACGGGAAAAAAGGUUUUCUGAACUGUCUAUUGAUCUAUUGGCUGGAAUGAGGGAUUUGCUCCAGACAGAUCCAGUGUAUUAUCAAGCUUUAUUCUGUGAUGGAGAGUGCUUUCUACAUGUCGUCUCUUUACUAAAUGGUAACCUUGAUAUGGGAAAUGGAGAGAAGUUGGUUUUGAAUGUCCUCCAAACACUUACGUGUCUGCUUGCAAAUAAUGACAUCUCAAAGGUUGCAUUCAGAGCUCUUGCUGGCAAGGGUUACCCGACACUGCAAAGUUUGUUACUGGACUUUUACAACUCACAACCAGGUGAAGCGCUUCUGAAUGCACUACUGGACAUGCUUGUUGAUGGCAAGUUUGAUAUAAAAGGAUGCCCUGUUAUAAAGAACGAAGAUGUGAUCAUUCUUUAUCUGAAUGUUCUGCAGAAGAGCAGUGACUCUUUGCGAUACCAUGGACUCAACUUAUUUCAGCAGCUGCUUAGGGAUUCUCUAUGUAACCGAGCUUCAUGUGUCAGAGGAAUGCUCAACUUUCUUCUUGAUUGGUUUUCUCAAGAGAUGAUGAUACCAUUUUUUGAGAUUGCUCAACUGAUUCAAGUCAUAGGUGGGCAUAGCAUAUCUGGGAAGGAUAUUCGCAAAAUUUUCGCACUCCUCCGAAGUGAGAAAGUGAGGAAUCAGCAGCAGUAUUGCUCACUGCUUUUAAACAGUGUUUUGUCAAUGCUGAAUGAGAGGGGACCAACUGCAUUUUUUGAUCUCAAUGGGAAUGAUUCUGGCAUCUUAAUUAAAACGCCCAUCCAGUGGCCUCUAAAUAAGGGUUUUUCUUUUUCAUGCUGGCUUAGGGUAGAAAGCUUUCCCAAAAAUGGGACAGUUGGCCUUUUCAAUUUUCUCACUGAAAGUGGAAGAGGGUGCUUGGCAGUGCUUGCAAACAGCAAGCUAUUUUAUGCGUCAAUCAAUUUGAAGCGACAGUGUGUUCAAAUGUCUGUUAAUCUAGCAAGAAAGAAAUGGCAUUUUCUUUGCAUAACUCACAGUAUUGGGAGACCAUUUUCUGGUGGUAGUCUACUGAGGUGUUAUAUUGAUGGCGAUCUUGUAUCAUCUGAAAAAUGCAGCUAUCCAAAAGUAAAUGAACUGUUAACCAAUUGCACAGUUGGCACAACUGUUUUUCCUCAUAACGUAGAAGAUAAUGCUCCAGAUUUCAUCCAAGAUUCAUUUCCAUUUUUCGGGCAGAUUGGUCCUAUUUAUCUAUUUAAUGAUGCUAUCUCUUCUGAGCAAGUCCAGGCUAUCUAUUCUCUUGGACUGAGCUAUAUGUAUUCCUUCCUUGACAAUGAAACUGCACCUUUUUAUGACACCCCAUUGCCUAGUGGGAUUCUUGAUGCUAAAGAUGGUCUUGCAUCUAAAAUUAUAUUUGGACUCAAUGCUCAGGCUAGUGAUGGCAGGAAAUUGUUUAAUGUCUCGCGGGCAGUAGAUCACGUUUCAGAUAAGACUUUAUUUGAGGCGAGUGUGAUGGUUGGUACACAAUUAUGUUCUCGGCGCUUGCUGCAACAGAUAAUUUACUGUGUUGGAGGUGUAUCAGUGUUUUUCCCUCUGAUAGCCCAAUCUGAUAGAUAUGAAAAUGAAGAAAAUGGACUAUUUGAGCGUACAUUGAUUAUGCCUAUAGCAAAAGAGCGUCUGACAGCUGAAGUUAUUGAGCUUAUAGCUUCCGUCUUAGAUGAGAAUUUAGCAAGUCAACAACAGAUGCAUCUUCUCUCAGGAUUUCCAAUACUGGGAUUCUUAUUGCAAUCAGUACAACCUCAGCAACUCAAUUUGGAAACACUUUCAGCAUUGAAGCAUCUGUUCAAUAUUGUUGCCCACUCUGAGCUGCUUGUGAAAGAUGCUAUAUCUAGCAUUUUCCUUAACCCUUUCAUCUGGCUUUACACGGUUUAUAAGGUGCAACGUGAGCUCUACAUGUUUCUUGUUCAACAAUUUGAUAACGAUCCAAGACUUCUUAAGAGCCUGUGUCGUCUGCCAAGAGUUAUCGAUAUAAUACGACAAUUUUAUUGGGACAAUGGAGCAUCUCGAUAUGCUGUUGGAAGCAAACCUCUUCUGCACCCUAUUACGAAACAAAGUAUUGGAGAGAGGCCUAGUAGAGAAGAAAUUCGCAAAAUCCGUCUUCUUUUAUUAAGUCUUGGUGAAAUGAGCCUCAGGCAGAACAUUGCAGUGGCGGAUGUAAAAGCUCUUAUAGCUUUUUUUGAGACAAGCCAUGAUAUGACAUGCAUUGAAGAUGUUGUACAUAUGGUUAUGCGUGCUGUUUCCCAGAAACCAAUACUUGCUUCUUUUCUUGAACAAGUCAACUCCCUUGGUGGCUGUCACAUUUUUCUCAAUCUUCUUCAGAGGGACCAUGAGCCUGUCAGAUUGCUUAGCUUGCAGUUUCUUGGAAGACUUCUUGUUGGGUUGCCAUCUGAGAAGAAGGGGCCAAGAUUUUUCAACCUUGCUGUUGGAAGAUCCAAAUCUCUUUCAGAAUAUCAUAAGAAAAUUAGUUCGAGGAUGCAACCAAUUUUCUUAGCAAUGUCUGACAGGAUGUUUAAGUUUCCUCAGACUGACAGUUUAUGUGCCACCUUGUUUGAUGUUCUUCUUGGUGGUGCUAGUCCCAAACAGGUGUUACAGAAACAGAACCAACUUGAUAAACAGAGAAGCAAAGGAAGCAACUCACAUUUUUUCCUUCCUCAAAUUUUAGUUCUCAUUUUCACAUUCUUGUCUGGCUGUGAGGACGAAUAUCCAAGAAUAAAAAUACUUAGUGACCUACUUGAUCUGCUGGAUUCAAAUCCUUUAAAUAUUGAAGCUUUGAUGGAGUAUGGCUGGAACGCCUGGUUGUCAGCUACCGUGAAGCUUAAUGUAAUAAAAGACUACAAAUGCAAGUCAUGGGAUAGACAAAGUAGCAGCAAGAUAAAUGAGCAAAACUUCGUGAGAAGUAUAUUUUGUGUUGUUCUUUGUCACUAUAUGCUUUCUGUAAAAGGUGGUUGGCAACAAGUAGAGGAGACUGUGAAUUUCCUGCUUUUCCAUUGUGAGCAAGGUGGCAUUUCAUACCAGCAUUUGCUUCGUGAUAUAUAUGAAGACUUGAUCCAGAGGCUGGUAGACUUUUCUUCUGAGGAUAACAUCUUUAUUUCACAACCAUGUCGGGACAAUACGUUAUAUCUUCUGCGGUUGGUUGAUGAGAUGCUUAUCACUGAAAUGGACGAUAAGCUCCCGGUAUUUGACUUAUUCAUGUUGGUAAGUCUCUUCUUUGUUUGUGGUACGAUGAUGGUUUCUGAAGAGGCAAGAUAUAUAAGCACACUGAAAUUAGACCGCAUUAGGCAAUGGCUUGAGCUUCGUGCUAGGAUGGAGGAAAAUUCUAUUGCAGAAUCUAAUAGCAAGAAAGCUUUUGAAAAUGACUUGCAAAAUAGCUUGAAUACCGUUUUGACUUCAGAUGAAAUCAGAAGAGCUGCAUUCCAGUUUAGUCAUGAGGAGCAGCAGCAGAAUGUUACUGAAAAAUGGAUGCACAUUUUUCGCUCUUUGAUUGAUGAGAGGGGUCCUUGGUCUGCAAAUCCGUUUCCAAACAAGGUAAUAGUACACUGGAAACUUGAUAAGACAGAAGACACAUGGAGGCGGAGACCAAAGUUGCGACAGAAUUAUCAUUUUGAUGAAAAAUUGUGUCAUCCUCCAUCUGCUACCCCUGGUAAUGAGGCUUCUAAUCAAGCCAAUGAAAGUAAAUCCAAUUUUGUGGCACAUAUUCCUGAGCAAAUGAAGCAAUUUCUGCUCAAAGGUAUACGUAAGAUAACUGAUGAGGGAGUCUCAGAAUCAUAUGAAAAUGAGAGUGAAAAUGGGCAGAGGACCUCCAUAUCUGAGGACCUUCUUGAAAGCCAAUACCCUGAGCUAGUUAAAGGAAGCAAUGAUCAAAAUGAUGUUGUGCAAGACAGGGAUGGACCUUCUUCCCCUCCAUCAGAGGCAGAAGCUAGUGACGUUCUUAUGUCAGUUUCAUGUGUUCUUGUAACAACAAAGAGAAAAGUGGCUGGAAAUUUGGCAGUGAUGAAAAGUUUUUUGCAUUUUUCUGGUGAGUUUUUGGUUGAAGGAACUGGAGGAUCGUUCGUUUUUAAGAACUUACAUUCUUCAAGCAAUUAUGAUACAACCAAGCCUGAUCAGAAGCAGAAACUUUUCAAGUGGCCUAUAAAUUUUGAUUUGAGUUCUGGGAGGAUAUCUGUUGAUAAUAUAGAGGCUGAAAACUUGCACCAGAAACAAUUAAAAAAUGUGAAGCGUCAUCGGAGAUGGAAUAUUGGCAAGAUAAAAGCAGUUCAUUGGACUCGAUAUUUGCUUAGAUAUACUGCAAUAGAGAUUUUCUUCAGUGAUUCGGUAGCUCCAGUGUUUUUAAAUUUUGCAUCACAGAAGGAUGCGAAAGAGGUUGGGACCUUGAUUGUUGCCACCAGAAAUGAAUUAUUAUAUCCAAAAGGAAGCAGCAAGGACAAGAGCGGAGUUAUUUCCUUUGUUGACAGACGUGUGGCUUUGGAGAUGGCUGAAACAGCCAGAGAAAGCUGGAGGAGAAGAGAUAUUACAAACUUUGAAUAUCUAAUGAUUCUUAACACUCUUGCAGGAAGAUCUUAUAAUGAUUUGACCCAGUAUCCUGUCUUCCCUUGGGUUUUGGCUGAUUAUUCCUCAGAGUUUCUUGAUUUUAACAAGUCAUCAACUUUUCGGGAUCUUUCCAAACCUGUUGGAGCAUUGGAUUCAAAACGUUUUGAGGUAUUUGAAGACAGAUACCGUAAUUUUUCUGAUCCUGAUAUACCAAGUUUCUACUAUGGUUCUCAUUACUCAAGCAUGGGUAUUGUGCUCUACUAUCUCCUCAGAUUAGAGCCAUUCACCUCUCUACACCGAAAUUUGCAGGGUGGUAAAUUUGAUCAUGCAGAUCGUCUUUUUCAAAGCAUUGAGGGCACAUUUCAAAAUUGUCUGUCCAAUACAAGUGACGUAAAGGAGUUGAUUCCGGAGUUCUAUUACUUGCCAGAGUUCCUUGUAAAUUCAAACUCUUAUCAUCUUGGAGUAAAACAAGAUGGUGAACCUAUCGGAGAUGUUUGUCUCCCUCUGUGGGCCAAGGGUUCAGCUGAACUAUUCAUAAGUCGAAACAGAGAGGCCCUUGAAAGUGAAUUUGUUAGCUCAAACCUGCAUCACUGGAUUGAUUUGGUUUUUGGUUACAAGCAGCGCGGAAAACCGGCAGUGGAGGCAGCAAAUAUCUUUUAUUAUUUGACUUAUGAAGGUGCUGUGGACCUGGACACCAUGGAAGAUGAAUUGCAGAGAUCAGCGAUUGAAGACCAAAUUGCAAACUUUGGUCAGACUCCAAUCCAGAUAUUUCGCAAGAAACACCCAAGAAGAGGCCCGCCCAUCCCAAUUGCACACCCAUUGUACUUUGCACCUGGCUCUAUUAAUUUGAGUUCUAUCAUUCCUAGCGUCAAUUAUCCACCAUCAGCUGUCUUAUAUGUUGGUGUAGUGGAUUCAAACAUUGUCCUUGUGAACCAGGGCCUUACCUUGUCUGUUAAGAUGUGGUUGACAACUCAACUUCAAUCUGGUGGAAAUUUUACUUUCUCUGGUUCUCAGUUUCAGGUCAUAUCUUUAAAUGAUGACGAGUGUGCAGAGCAUCGACAGCACAAAGAUGUAGUCAGCUGUGUAGCAGUGACAGCUGAUGGAACCAUCCUUGCUACUGGAAGUUAUGACACUACAGUGAUGGUAUGGGAAGUUCCUCGCAUUAGAGAGAAGAGAGUUAGAAACUCCCAAACAGAACUUCCUCGUAAAGAAAACAUUGUCGUUGAAACUCCCUUCCAUAUCCUCUGUGGGCAUGAUGAUAUAAUUACCUGUUUAUAUGUUAGUGUGGAGCUUGAUAUAGUUAUCAGUGGGUCAAAAGAUGGAACUUGCACAUUCCAUACUCUGAGGGAAGGGAGAUAUAUAAGAUCUUUGCAGCACCCUUCAGGUAGUGCGUUGUCAAAACUUGUUGCCUCCCGGCAUGGACGGAUAGUUAUUUAUGCUGAUGAUGAUCUCAGCCUGCACCUCUAUUCUAUUAAUGGAAAACAUCUUGCUACUUCGGAAUCAAAUGGCCGUCUUAAUUGUCUUGAACUAAGUUGUUGCGGUGAGUUUUUGGUUUGUGCUGGUGACCAUGGACAAGUUGUUGUUCGCUCAAUGAACACUCUUGAGGUUGUGAGGAGAUACAAUGGAGUGGGAAAAAUAAUAACAUCCUUAACAGUGACCCCAGAGGAAUGCUUUUUAGCUGGGACCAAAGAUGGAGGCCUUCUUGUAUAUUCUAUAGAAAAUCCUCAGCUUCGGAGACCUACCCUUCCUCGAAACGUGAAAUCCAAAACUGCUGUAACAGGUUAGAUCAGUAGCUGAAGGUCGCAUGCACACGGAAUUUGUAAAAGCAGUGGUAAUUGAUAUCACAAUCCAGGAGUUGACUGCUGAUGGCAGGUCGUUUAUUAGUGAUUGGAUUUUCAGUUUUGGAACCAGGGACUUCUUUUUGGUGUUGGAAAAUACUCUUAUUCACAUAUUUUUUGAGAUAAUCACUCAAUCAUCAAGCAUCACUUCUUGGACAGAUUAGAAAAGGAUGUAAACUACCUCCGCAUAUUUCGGUCUAACACAGAUCUUAAAUAAAUGCUCGGAGAUGCAAGUUUUAUGUAACAAUAUUAUGAGAAAUGAGGGAAACUUCUAACAAUUGUUCAUGUCCAUCGUGAGAAGGUGAGAAUGAAGAAUUAGGUCUCAGAAUAUGAAUGUAAAUUAUAUCCUUAUGGAUUUAUAUUAGGAAUGUUGUGUAUUUAAUUAUAAUAGCAUCAUGUCAGUUUGCAACUUCUUUUGUUCUAGGCGGGGAUGUUUUAUGCAUUUUAAAGCUUUUCAGGCAUCCCCUCAAACUCUGUAUAGAAAAGGAUUUAUUGUCUUUCCAUGAGUAAAUGGGAAUUCACUCCCUUUGCAAACAUGAUCUAAAUUUUGGAAGAUGUUUUCUGAUUGGUAA